GCACAGACUGAUGCGCUUCCUCUUGCUCACAGUACAAUCGCAUGCCGUGAUGUCAUACGACACUCACCUGUUCUGCGCCGCAAUUACCAGGAUUCUCCACGACCGCCUAGGUGCCGUACAGAUGAUGAGAAAUCGCGGUGCCUAAGAGCAGCCGAUGGCCAUGCGUAGAGAAUGACGAUUCUUCAGCAAGCAUAUUUCAUCGCUUCCUCAGUUUCAUCUCCUGAAGCUCGCAUCUGAGAAGAUGAGCAUACAGACUCCUAACGGUGGCGAAACGACACCGCGACAAGAUAACCUCAACGACUCUCCGGAUGGGAGCACGCCGACCAGGACAGAAGCAUUUCCUGAUUCAACAGUUCAAACUGCUGAACGCGUACCCAAUCUCAACAGUAUUCUCGCAGAAAAGCGCACAGCCAGGGUCAAGAACUCUAUCGAUCCCAGCCCAUCUCAGUCCGGCACAUCACUCGAAAACCCGCAACAACGUAUAUUAUCGGACAAUAGUCAACUCGCCGACAGCAGCGAAGCAAAAGAACCUCUCAUCAAGCCGCUAAAGGGGGUUUAUCCCUCAGCGAUGGUUCUCUCCAAAAAUGGGGUGUUGACUAGAUUCGGCAAAAUGACCUCCGAUGAGCGGCGGAAAUAUCGGGAGGAUAUGCUCGCUGGGGCCAGUGCCAUGAACCCGCAACCAGGUGUGCUCUCGGAUAACAGUGAACUCGCCAACAGCAGCGAGGUAGAUGACUGUCUUCUUCAACCAACCAACAAAUAUCACUACCCGCCGAUGAUUCUCUCCAAACAUGGGGAAUUGACCAAGUUUGGUAAGAUGACCCCUGAGGAGCGGCAGAAAUAUCGGGAGGACAAACUCGCUGAGGCCAAUGCCAUCAUAGCGAAGAAAAGGGCACAGGAGGAAGAGGCACGGAAGUUGGCCGGAGACUCUGCCUUGGGAGCAGCGCUUCCUGGCCCAUGACGCCUUUUUGGUUGCUACGAGGGGGAUUAAGAAGUCCUCCCCCUUUGCCUUAUUGUUGCGUCAUUGUGACCACUGAUUUGUGACGCGCUGUCAUGCACAUUGUACUUGAUGCUUGCAUGUAGACAUUGCAAUGCAAACAGUGCGAGAUUUGUGCGACUUGAGCCACAGUAUCAUGAUAACGAAUAUGAAU